AUGUAUAAUAAUAGUAAUAAUAAUGAAGAUCAAACAUUGAGAAUCAUGUCAUUUAACAUUCGAUAUGAUUCACAUAAAGAUGGUAUUAACAAUUGGGUAAAUAGAAGGAAUUUGGUGGUUGACACUAUCAAACAAACUAAACCAACGAUAAUAGGGUUCCAAGAAUGUUUAAAAAAUCAAAUUGAAGAGAUUAUCAAUGACUUGGGAGGUGAUUAUAGUUUUGUAGGAGUUGGAAGAGAUGAUGGUUUGUCAAAAGGUGAAUAUUCACCGAUUGCAUACAAUAAUAAAUUGGUACGAUAUGAUCAUGGUAGUCAUUUUUGGAUAUCACAAGAUUGUUAUGUUGCAGGUUCAAAGUCUUGGGAUACAAUGUGUCCUAGAAUUGCUACUUGGGGUAAAUUCAAAUACCACAAUAACAGCAAAAAGUCAUUCUAUACUCUUAAUACUCAUUUGGAUCACAUGUCAUCUCUGGCAAGAAGUGAAGGAACUCUAUUGAUUAAAUCAUUUGUCUCUCAUCUUGAUCCUUCCAUUCCAUGUAUUAUUACUGGAGAUUUUAAUGAAGAAGUUGGAUCAAAACCAUAUAGAAAUAUAAUUGACAAGAUGGAUGAUAUGGUUGGACAUAAAUACAUGAAUAUGUUGAAAAUACCAAUUGCUCCAACUUAUAGUUUAAAGACAUUCAAAGAUUGUUCUAAAGCUGCUAAUAAUAGGGAUGGUCCUUUUCAUACAUUUACAGGAUUUACAGAUGAAUAUAAAGUUACAAUUGAUUAUAUAUUUGUAAAUGCCUCUGUUAAAUCAGUUGAUAAGUUUCAAGUACUCACAGGUCAUUUGAAAAUUGAAACCGAUGGUUUAAAACCAUCUGAUCAUCUUCCCAUCUAUGCUGAUCUAAUCAUUUAA